AUGGACGAGACGCUGCUCUUUCCAUCAUGGGAGCCCCGCAACUGGGUUGAUUUGUACGAAGCAUGUGGAGGGAAGAACCAGUCCCCCAUCAACAUUGUCACCAACAAAGUGGAAAUCAACUGGGACCUCAAGCCGUUCGAGUACAAAAACUACUACAACGUGCAGAAUGGUUACUGGAACAUAAGCAACACUGGCCAUUCAGUCCAAGUGGACCUGGACGGCUCUGCGAAGAUCACAUCCGGGGGCCUCGAGACGCCAUACAAGGCUGUUCAGUUUCACUUCCACUGGGGCCGGGGGACCACCAACAGCCAUAAGAUGGAGCCUGGAUCAGAACACACCAUCGAUGGGGAGCGAUACGCCAUGGAGCUUCACAUAGUCCACAUAAAGGAGGAACACAAAGAUGUAGCAGAUGCCGCCGCAAAGAAUGGGCUGGCGGUGCUGGGAUUCUUUAUAGAGACUGGCGAUGAGAACAAGAAUUAUAAUCCUUUAAUUUCAAAGUUAGCAGACAUUCCCUACCAUGGGAAUGAAUCACAGAUGGCAGCUCUGUCCCUGUUUUCUCUCAUCCCCAAAGAGGAGGAGCUCACCAAAUACUAUCGGUACAACGGCUCUCUGACCACACCUGGCUGCAACGAGGGUGUCAUCUGGACCUUAUUUGAGAAGCCCAUUAUACUUAGCUCAGCACAGGUACAGGACUUCUGGAUGAAGCUCUACUUUGGCAAGAGCAACACGUCGCCAAUGGAGGAUAACUUUCGGCCGGCUCAGCCUCUGGAUGGCCGAACUGUCUACAAGUCAGACUCAAAUGCCCUUCUGCUUUCGGCAAAGACGUUACUGCUGCUUCCAAUGGCUACCUACCUCCUGCUUUCUUUUACCCAAUGA